AUGAAUCCAUACCAUCCUGACAUGUGUAACCUCCUGAAAGAUUUUGGGGCCAUGACAGAAAAAGUGAAAUCUAUGGAAACAAAACUGAAGGAAACUGAAAUCCGCCUAAAGGAGACAGUAACCAGGCUGAAAGACAGCGAAAACCAAAUUUUGGAGCUGCAAAGCAAAGAAAGAACCAAGAUAAUAUUCAGUGCAACAGCAGGAAGAGGCGAUGCACACAUCGGACCCUUCAACACAGACAUAAUUAUAGACUAUAAGAAAGUAAUUACAAACUUUGGCAAUGCCUACAGUCCAGUCACAGGUGUCUUUACAGCACCUGUUGCAGGUGUUUAUUACUUUACCAUCUUCUAUCACGGUGGAAGAAGCUAUUCACAUUAUCUGCGUAUUUUCAAGAAUAAUGAGAUGACGGUCAUAACAUCUGAUCAUAAGACAGAAAGCGAUGGAGCUGAUAACGGAGGAAACGCUGUGUUCCUGCAGCUGCAGCAAGGAGACCAAGUGUAUGUGAGCAUGGCUGCAAACACAUAUGUUUGGGGAGCCGACCACACAACUUUUAGUGGUUUUUUGGUCACGCAAACGUAA